AUGGCGCCAGAUCGCUCAGGAAAGAGUGUGUUCCUGGGGAACAUCCCCUACAACCUCACUGAGGAGCAAGUCAAAGACAUCCUCACCACAGCAGGCACUGUCACAAAGUUUCGCCUUAUGAUGAACCCUGAGACGGGAAAACCAAAAGGAUAUGGAUUUGCCGACUUCUCCGACGCUGAUGCUGCAGCGUCAGCCGUGCGCAACCUGAACGACUACGAGAUCAUGGGCCGCAAGAUUCGGGUCGACUGGCCGCAUAACAAUGAAAAGGACUCAGUACCUACAGACUAUCCGGAAGAUUCGCAACCCAUGACCCAAGACCCAUCACAACAGAUGCAACAGAUUCCCGGAUCUGUACCCCUCCCUCCUCUUCCGCCGGGAGUUGAGGUCCCGCCCCAUCUCGAAACCCCAGGUGUCAUUUCUCACACUCUUGCAACUCUUUCACCGGACCGGCUCCUCGAUGUCCUCACCCAGAUGAAGGCUCUCGCAGUGGCCGACCCUGCUCGCGCAACAGAGCUCCUGCGCCAAGCUCCCCAGCUCGCGUUUGCGAUCUUUCAGGCCAUGCUGCUGAUGAACCUGGUGGAAUAUCAACUCUUGGGAUCAAUUGUGGAACAGGCAUCCCAGUCAGCGCCGCCUCCUCAACCUGCACCCCAGUACCAAGGAUACGGAGCUAUGCCAGGUCACAUUGGGACUCCCCCUGUGGCUGGCGGACCUUUCGCCCCGCCUCCACCACAACCAGCUGCUCCUCAGAUCCCAAACCAAGAUGAACUUCUGCAGCAGGUUCUUAGCAUGCCACAGGCUGCAAUUGAUGCCCUGCCUCCGAACGAGAGGAAUCAGAUCAUGAUCCUCCGCCAGCAGUUAAUGCAGGGCGGUAUGCGGUAA